AUGGGGGACGUAUUUCUCGACAAGACAAUCAGCCUACUGUCGUCCGACAAACAGAGGACCCGCUCGGAGGGCUUAGCUGACCUCAAGCAUAUCCUCCAGCGGAAUACAGGCUCCAAAUUACAAAAACUCAAUGACAAAGCUUGUCAUAAGGUCUUCGAAUCGUUAUUUCGGUUUAUCGCAGCAGAAAGAUCAACAUACAACCGAGCUCAACCAAGCUCCAGAAACUCGUCUGCACUAAGACUUUCAACGUGUGCAUCUGUCAUCCGGAUAGCGGUUGAUAUCUUUUCCAAAAACCUGAGGAUCAAGACAGUCCGUGCCAUCAUCGACCAUGUUACUGAAACCAUACCAGUCCCCGGUGAAGGCUUAUGGGAUCCUUUGAGCUUAAAUUACAUCAAGAGCUUGGUAUCGCUUUUGCGCUAUCGACCGCAUGUGGAGCAUCUUGACGAGGAUGACUCCGAAGCCCUCGUUGGAUUUUGUCUUGCCAGUAUAGGUCUACAGGAUAACGAGGAAAGCCAGCUGAGCAUUCGAAGCACUCGGCCUGUAAAUGAUGAUUAUGAUGCAAGCGACAGCCGUUCGACGCCUUCGAGGGCUACCCCUGCCCCAGCCACCAGAGAAAGGCACAACGCCAAUAGGAAUUCUAUCGAAGAGGUGAUGUUGUGUAUUCAAUGUCUCACAACAGCCCCCAAUGCGUUCCUUCAGACUACGGCGGAAAACAUACUUCACAGGCUGGUGGAGUUUGUUGAGUCACCUCCUAUAAGCGUAGCUGGCAAUGCCCACCAGCUCGCGUUCAGUAGCAUCAAUGCAGUGGUUACGAAAGUCUUGUUCGAUCAAUCUGAACUUGUUCGUUCAUCUCUUCUGAGCUUGGUUCCAGUAAUUCGGCGUCUUUGGGCCACUACUAAAUCACAGACUCUGAGAGACGAACUGCUCGUCACUCUGAGGCUGUCAGUGGUCAUACUGGUGGACGUUGCGCAAAAGAACCCAACCAAAACCCUGGCCCUUGAAAUCGAACAGCUUGCUGAUAUCCUUCAUUCCGACUAUGUGAAGCAUUCUGCAAAGGACGUUUUGCAAAUCGACGAAGUUGUGUUUUUCCAGAAUGACACGGCGUGCCAAAUGCCUGUCUAUGGACCCCGUCUAGGUGCCGCGAGGUCGGAGUACAACUGGACAUUGGUUUGGAUGAUUGCAGAGCUACUCAAACUCUCAAAAGAUAUCAGGGAGCGCGUCAAACCCACUGAAUCUCGCCAAGAUCCAGUCAAAAAACAACGCCUAAAGUCUGAGAUUCAAGACAUCUUUCGAGAUUCAGUUUCCGCAGCAGAAACAAGACGAACGUGCGCACUACAACUCAUUCCAUUUCUCGAAUUGGAGCUCGACGUUGAAACCAAGGCGACAUUUCUGAAGCAGCUUGUUCUUAACAUCUCCGAUGACAAUGGCACAGUGCCAUCAUGGACCAUGGUUGCUUUGACGAGCAUUGCCAAUGGAAAAUCUGCGAAAUCACCCGAAAUCAGAGCUCACUGGCCGAGAGUUGUAGACCUUGCCACACGGAAUUUCUCAUCUCCAGCGACCUCAAGAGCUGCCUGCCAUCUUUUGUGUACAGUUUUACAGUCAGACCUAUUGGAGUACUCGCUUGCCAUGGAAAAAACGCGUUCAACUCUAACAUCUGCAAAUCGGCCAUCUGUCAUAUCGGACUCUUCUCUGAGACUAUGGACAUUAAUUGCACGCACAAAGACACAGCUUGAUCCUGGAUCCGCGCAAAAAACCACCAAACAGAUUUGUGACUGGCUAAGGGAAGUCUGGACUUUUGGUGUGCCUGAUCGCAUUCAAAUAGCCCGAGUGGCCACAUAUGCCCGCCCUUUGAACCUAUUGGACCUCUUGCUAUCAUGCACCAAUCGAUACUUCUCUAUACCGCACUAUCACACUUCCGGGCCAAUGGGGAAUAUUGCCCGGAGCUGGUUCUUUCUCCACGAGAAUCGGGAGCUCCUGGAAUACAAUUUCUUCACUGAAUAUUCUUAUGCCCCGAAUCCUUGGGGACAUCAGGAAGUAUUGUCACUGGAACAGUCCUCCAGGGAAGACCAGGAUGAUGUAGUGAUCUUGGAUCUACUUCGUCAGAGAUCCGAUUCCUUUUUGCAAGCAUGGCAUGUUAUGAUCGAAGAAAAGUCACAUAUCACCCCAGAAAGUUUACAAAUCUUAGCCUCUUUCUGUGUCGUGGCUUCUGUCUUCAUGUCAUGCAUGCCUCAAUCGAUCCAGUCUCGAUCACAAGAUCUCCACGACAACUGUUCAAGUCUCUGGAAUUCUAUCUGCAAGGUUCUGGCAUCUCACGAGACUGCUUUUACCCAUGUCUGCUUGGAGUUGAUAUCGCCACUUUUAGAGCCUUUCAUAAGCUCUGAAACACCUGAUGCCAUCAAAAAUAGUCUGAAGGAGUUUUUGACACCAUUCUCACAAGGACUUGAGAAUUUGCGCCAGAGAUUAAAAGCCUCAUCUGUUGAUGAUCCUAUGGACUUGGAUGACCGAUUCUUGGCCGAAAAUACCUCUGUAAACAUUGAUGAGAUCAUCCUCGCUACAAACCGCGGCUCCCACUCUGUUUUUCUUGAUGCGGAUACUUAUCAACGCUGCAUGACCAUUCAGCUGUCAGCAUUUCUAGCAUUGCACGCAGAUUCUGAAGCCCCGGAAAAUUCGCGGACAUCUUGUGCCAUUGACUACUUGACGGGGUUGGACGAAACUGACAUUAUCUCAGCCCAAUCUGUAUUGCCUAAAGUAUAUCGACUAUGCUUGAAAGCUGCGCCUUCUGAACACCUGUCCCUGUUGGAGGACUUGGGUGAGAAAUGCUUACAGUCAUACGAGAUGGAGAGAUGCGAAGCUUCGCUCUGUGUUUGUAUCGGGAUGAUGGCUGGGCUCACGAACUCCUGGACAACCGGAGAUGAUGAAGACUUGAAUGAAUCCGCCAUGGACUUGUAUCAAUGGUUUAUGGAAGUGCCUUUGGCUCGGAAGCAGGCUACCCCUCAGGUUCAUAUUGCUCUAGCCGAGCUCAUCCAGAAAGUUCUCGUGAUUUGCCCCUCAUAUGGCAAUCAUCGGUCUCUUCCGUCGCCGCGAACAAGCUUGUUCACAAUUCUUCGUGAAGGAGGCGUUCGAGUCAAGUUCAGAAUUGCCAAGUGCAUCCCUGCUUUGUUUGAGCGGUUUCUUUUCAAAGAUCACGAUGCAGUUUUUGACGAUUUACUGGAAACUCUGCCUCGAGACCCAGAAUGGAUUGAAGGCAUUGCAGUCCGUUUAUUCGUGCUCUCCCAACUAGCUUCUAGGUGGCAUACACUGCUGCGAAGAAGCAUCUACCAUUUGUUUGAAACCCCGGCUCAAGUACCCGGAUCCUUAUGGUAUGCCGAGAAGUGCAUGGAGUCGGUCUCCCGAACCCUUGGUCUCCAAGAUGCCAAAGAGCUUUUCCGGCUUUUCUCCUCUCAGAUUCUGUACACAUGGACUGAGACACAGAGUAUAAUGUCGAUGCCUUUCAGCAUCUUCGGGUACGCCAACCUCAAAGAAAUGCUUCUUGAUGUGAAAGAUGAAAUCGUCGGUCAAAUGACGAUGCGUGCAAAGGAACAGGAGACCAUUGAGCUCGCCAAGUUCUUGGAAACGCCUCACCUUGAGUUCUUGAUCUCAUCUUUCCACAAGGCCGAAGCAUACAGCAUUGCACGAGACAUAAGCACUCCCCCAGACCAAGGCAGCCAGCCAAAGGGCGUUGAACCUCGCCUACGAAAACUGAUGGGGGCUGAUCAGUUCAUGACCCAAGUCGAAGCGCAGUUUCCGUCAAUCAUUGCCAAUUUUUUCAAGUCACUUGACCAAUAUGACCAGAUUGAAAGAGCAUUCCUCAAGCGCGAAGACUUUAGCUACGCAAAAGACGCACAGACACAGAUAUUGGAGAAAAGUUCGUCUCAAAGUGUUCUUCCGGCAAACCAGCAGCCGUCGUUUCGCGCACGCUACCUCUUGGACCAACUUGAGUUUCUCUGCGAACGCACUGGGUUUGAAUUUGAAUCUAUUUGGACACCUUCAUUGGUGUCUUUCGUCUGUCGCUCGCUGCUUGAAACCAUACACCCUGCCCUAGGCUCACCUCAUGCCUGUUCAGUGAUUCGCAAAAUGCGAAUCGUUGUCUGUGUUGCUGGCUCGAUCAUACUGCAAGAGUAUCCAUUCGAAAUGAUGCUCAGCUCAUUACGUCAAUUUAUCAGUGAUAUUCAUUGCUCUGAAGAUGCUAUUGGAAUUGUCUGGUAUCUUCUUGAAGCAGGAAAGUCAUAUCUUCAGCAGACACCAGAAUUUGCAUCAGGAAUUGCAAUCACAAUGCUCCUGACUCUCCGCAAGCUAUUCACGGCAUCAUCUGAAAGCACUGCUCAAGAGAGCCAACUCAAAACAGUACAGGAGAAUGCGCAGAUAUUCUACCAGUGGCUUGUGCGCUUCUUUGGCGGCUUCAGCUUCCCAGAUCGGGACAUGGAGAUCCAGGCUCUGUUCCAUAGACUAGUGUCGCUGGCAGACAAAUUCUCGACGUCCCCGAAGACCUCACUUGGACAGGUUGGCAAAGAGUUGGCCUUCGAAGUACUCCAAGAUCGUGACUCUGUGACAUCGCUGCUCAAAAGGCCUGUGGCAGAUCUCAUCCUUUCACUUGUGUGUCCAGAAUUUGAGCAAAUAUUGGAAUCGGGUGAUGGAUUCUCGAGCACUGGCGCGGAUCCGUCCCUCCAUGUUGUCUCUUUGUGGCAUACACUUCAAAACUUCAAUGGGGGCACCCAGUACCAACUCUGGGCAGCUAGGUUAAUUGGGCGAUCUUUCGCUGCCACGGGAAAGAUCGAUCAAAUGCUUCUCCGAGAACAGGACGUGUCUCUUUUCCAGGUAGCUGAGCUGGAUUGUUCUUCCGACAUCCUCUGCUAUUCCAAAUCCAGAAUUAUGCAGGUCCUUUGUGACAUGCUACACAGCCACCAACAGCACGAGGCUGGCCUUGUCGAACGCACGUUGCAGCUCAUCGUCAGCACUAUUGCAGAUUAUCCAGACUUUCAAGACUGCUGCAAUGUGAUUCCCCCGUCUUUGAUGAAAUCCCUCAUCUGGAAUCCCUACACAUGUCCCACCAUACCACUUACUCAACCCGAGCAAUCAAGAUGCACCAGUGUCACAACCGCUACAUCUGGGAUACCUGUUGAUGAGUGGGCCCGCAAUAUCUCCUUACUUCUGUCAAAUGCUGCUUUGGAAGACCCUGUCGUCGGCGCUCUUCGCAAAAUUCUGAAUGUCACCCCUGGCUUGGCAGUGCAGCUGCUGCCAUACGUGACCCAUGACGUUUUACUAUCAGAAAGAUAUGACAAUGGUGAGAAAGGAGAUAUUCGGAAACUCAUAUCUGCCGCAUUUGGACUUGUUCUGUCGGAGAUCAGAGAAGAGACUCUUCCUCAUGCACAGCUUGUGAUCAGCUGCCUUCUUUACCUUCGCAACCAACCCGUGCCGGAUGAAACCACGAUAGUGCAGCGUGAUAAGUGGCUCGACAUAGACUUCGGAGAGGCGUCGUCAGCUGCUCAUCGCUGUGGACUUCAGAAGACUUCACUCCUUUUUUUGGAGAUCCAGACGUCAAAGGUGACCUCAGGUUCUCGAAGGACGUCGGUCGUCAAGUAUGAACCACCUCCUGCCUUGCUGCAUGAUGUUUUCAAGAAUAUAGACGAUCCAGAUCUGUUCUACGGUAUACAACAAAGCUCAUCGCUGGCUAGUGUGAUGGAAAGAUUAGAGCACGAAAGCUCGGGGCUCAAGAAUCUCUUAUUUCAGAGUGCAAGAUACGACAGUGAAAUCCAAAUGACCGACAGUGCAGAAUCACAUGGAGUGUUGAAAGCAUUGAACUCAACAAACCUCCAAGGCAUCGCAAAUACCAUGCUUUCCGCUUCCAGCAGUGCAAACGGUGCCUCUGUCGCCUUUGAAAGUGCAUUGCAAGCUGCGACUAGUCUUCAAAAAUGGGAUCUACCGGUUUCCCCCUCAGACUCAUCACCCUCGGCCACUGUGUUCCGAUCCCUCCAAAGUCUGAAUACAUCGAGUUCCUUCUCGGAGAUCAAUAACUCCAUUGAAAAAGGGUUGUUAGCGACUCUCGAUACACUUGUCAAAACAGGUUCCCCGGUCAAAACGGGCCGAUCUGCGAUACAAUUGCGAGCUUCUAUGCGGGCGCUUGGAAUUAUGACAGAAGUCAGCGACAUUCUGCACUCUUCCUCUUCCGAGGAAAUAGUGGAGGAGUGGAAUAGGAUUAAAACGCGAAGCAGCUGGCUUAAGACGGAAAGCUAUCAUGAGGUUGGAGAGAUUUUGUCUUGGCAUGAAGCAUUGUUUUCAUCCAUCAGAAAAAGCGAGGUCCUCAGAUCACAGGCACAGCUGAGCCUUGUCGACUCACGCCUGCUCGAAGCUAAAGCUAUCCGUCGAUCUCUAGAGAUAACCCGGAGCCAUGGUAUUUCCCAAGCGUCAUUGAAAUCUGCUAUCAACCUCUCAAAAAUUGCCGAGCCAGCAUAUGAAUUGGACAUUGAUGGCGCCGCAAAUUUUGACCUUGCCAAUGUGCUUUGGGAUCAAGGCGAGAUGACCGCUUCCAUCCGCAUGCUUCAACAAUUGAAGGACCAACCUGAUCUCCAUAAGCAAGCCAUUCCACUCAGUCGGCCUGAACUACUUGUCACUUUAGGCCAUCAUGUGGCAGAGGCGCGACUGGAGAAACCUGACUUCAUCCUACAAGAAUACCUGUAUCCUGCAGUCAAAGAACUCCAAGGCAACACAGGAGAAGAGGCCGGUCGGGUCUAUCAUGGAUUUGCAACAUUCUGCGACGAGCAACUUCGAAAUCCUGACGGAAUUGAAGAUUUCAAGCGAGUCGAGCAAUUGCGAGACCGAAAGAAGCAGGAAGUUGUUGGCCUUGAAGAUAUGAUGAAGAGCGCCACCGGCAAAGAAAGAGACUAUCUUCGAAACCAUCGGGCGAAAGCGAAGCAGUGGUUCGACCUUGACGACCGAGAGUAUCAACGUCUUUUGCGGAGCCGCGAGGCAUUCCUUCAACAAUGCCUCGAAAAUUAUCUACUCUGUUUGCGAGAGUGCGAUACAUACAACAAUGACGCUCUGCGAUUCUGUGCACUCUGGCUUGAAAAUUCAGCUAGCAAAACUGCCAAUUCAGCUGUGUCACGACGACUUAAUGAUGUGCCUAGUCGCAAGUUCGCGCCGUUGAUGAAUCAGCUAUCAUCUCGCCUGCUCGAUGUCUCCGAUGAGUUCCAACCGCUGCUCAAUCAAUUGGUGUACAGGAUUUGUGUCGACCACCCUUUCCAUGGCAUGUAUCAGAUAUUUGCCAGCAGCAAGUCUAAAGGGGGCAAAGACCCGUCGUCUCACUCGCGCUUCCGCGCCGCGAACCAGCUCGUGGAACGUCUCAAGAAUGACAGUCAAAUUGGUUCGACAUGGGUUGCUGUCCACAAUGCCAACAUCAGCUAUGUACGAUUCGCAGUCGACAAGCCUGAUAGCAAGUACAAAAGUGGAGCGAAGGUUCCAUUGAAGAACCUAGCUACUGGCCAGCGCUUGACACAAGAUGUCGUCACUUACAAGCUACCGCCGCCUACAAUGAAGAUCAAUCUUCGGGUGGACUGUGACUACAGCCAAGUUCCGACAAUCUCCAAGUUCAACCCGGAGUUCACCAUCGCUUCUGGUGUCAGCGCCCCUAAGAUCGUGACUGCUGUUUCGUCCACUGGCGAGAAAUUCAAACAAUUGUACAAGGGUGGAAAUGAUGAUCUACGCCAAGAUGCCAUCAUGGAGCAAGUAUUCGAGCAAGUUAGUAGUCUUCUGAAAGACCACCAACCGACCCGCCAGCGCAAUUUAGGUAUCCGAACCUACAAAGUCCUCCCCCUAACAUCCAAUGCUGGAAUCAUCGAAUUCGUUCCAAACACCGUUCCUCUGCAUGACUACCUGAUGCCAGCACACCAAAAGUAUUUCCCGAAAGACAUGAAACCCAACUCUUGUCGGAAGCACAUCGCCGAUGUACAGACUCGAUCGUUUGAGCAGCGUGUCAGAACAUACCGACAAGUGACCGAACAUUUCCAUCCAGUGAUGAAAUAUUUCUUCAUGGAGAACUUCAACAACCCAGACGACUGGUUCAGCAGAAGAUUAUCAUAUACUCGAAGUACCGCUGCGAUUUCCAUCCUGGGUCACGUUCUUGGCCUCGGUGAUCGGCAUGGGCAUAACAUUCUGCUGGAUGAAAAGACCGGAGAGGUGGUGCAUAUCGAUCUUGGUGUCGCAUUUGAACAAGGGCGCAUUUUACCUGUUCCUGAAGUGGUGCCAUUCCGCCUAACCCGAGACUUGGUAGAUGGUUUUGGUAUCACCAAAACUGAGGGAGUGUUCCGGCGCUGCUGUGAAUUCACACUUGAAGCUCUCCGUCAGGAGUCAUACAGCAUCAUGACUAUUCUGGAUGUGCUGCGCUAUGAUCCACUCUACAGUUGGACUGUGUCUCCGCUGCGGAUGAAGAAGAUGCAAGAUGAUCAAGAGGCUGACGAGGGACCUCCGGUCUUGCCCGGUGCAUCUGAUUCAAAGAAUGAGCCUAGCGAAGCAGAUCGUGCCUUGACUGUGGUGGCAAAGAAGCUAAGCAAGACACUGAGUGUGACUGCUACUGUGAAUGAACUGAUCCAGCAAGCAACUGACGAGAAAAACCUUGCCUUACUGUAUUGUGGGUGGGCGGCUUAUGCAUGA